AUGAAAAGAAGAAUUAAUACAGAAGUUGGAGAUUUUAUUAGAAAAGAUCUCAAAAAUGAUUUUAAUUCAAGUUAUUACAAUUUUACCUAAAGUAAACGAUAUCUUCGCUUAAAAUCUGAUGCAAGUGAAUCUACUGUUUAAUUGAAUAGAUCAAAUACAAUUAAUCCAUUCAUAUUUCAAUAAGAACUCAUAUCAAUUGAUUAAACUAAGUUAAAUAAUAUGACAAAAUAGUCCAUUAAAGGUUAAACUCAAUAAAUGAAGAAUUUAUAAUAGUAAGAUCUCAAUCUACAAAAAAAGAGCUAUUACUUAAAUAAGAAUUUAGACAGAUUUGAACAUAAAAUUGUUGUUAAUAAAGGUAUAUAUAAUAUUUCUAAAAGAUUGA